CGGAGUGGGGCCCCAGCAAUUCGGAUUGAGCCUUCUCCCUCCACCCGCUUCCGCCGGCCGGGCCCCUCCCGCCCGGCCCCGCGGGCCUCCCCACCCGGCCCCGGCGCCCCCCACCGCCACCCCUCCGCCCGCCCCUCCCCCCUCCGCUUUCCCUUCUCCCCCCCGCCUCGGCUCCGACAUGAGGGGCCGGCGGGGCAGGCCGCCUAAGCAGCCCGCGGCUCCCGCUGCGGAGCGUUGCACCCCGGCCCCGCCGCCGCCGCCGCCGCCUCCGCCCACGUCCGGACCCAUCGGGGGGCUCCGCUCGCGGCACUGCGGCAGCAGCCGGGGCAGGUGGGCCGCCGCCCAGGCUGAGGUGGCGCCCAAGACGCGGCUGAGCUCGCCCAGGGGGGGCAGCAGUAGCCGGAGGAAGCCGCCGCCGCCGCCGCCGCCGCCGCCGGCCCCCCCCAGCACCAGCGCCCCGGGCCGGGGGGGGCGAGGAGGCGGGGGCGGCAGGACGGGGGGCGGGGGCGGCGGCGGCCACCUGGCCCGGACCACCCCGGCCCGGAGGGCCGUCAACAAAGUGGUGUACGAUGACCACGAGAGCGAGGAGGAGGAGGAGGAGGAGGAGGAGGACAUGGUCUCCGAGGAGGAGGAGGAGGAGGAGGACGGCGACGCCGAGGAGACCCAAGAUUCCGACGACGACGAGGAGGAUGAGAUGGAGGAGGACGACGACGAUUCGGAUUAUCCGGAGGAGAUGGAAGACGACGACGACGACGCCAGUUACUGCACGGAAAGCAGCUUCAGGAGCCAUAGCACCUACAGCAGCACUCCAGGUAGGCGAAAACCGAGAGUUCAUCGGCCUCGUUCUCCGAUAUUGGAAGAAAAAGACAUCCCACCCCUUGAGUUUCCCAAGUCCUCUGAGGAUUUAAUGGUGCCUAAUGAGCAUAUAAUGAAUGUUAUUGCCAUUUACGAGGUACUGCGGAACUUUGGCACUGUUUUAAGGUUGUCUCCUUUUCGCUUUGAGGACUUCUGUGCGGCUCUGGUGAGUCAAGAGCAGUGCACGCUUAUGGCGGAAAUGCACGUUGUGCUCUUGAAAGCGGUUUUGCGCGAAGAAGACACUUCCAAUACUACCUUUGGACCUGCUGAUCUGAAAGACAGCGUUAAUUCCACGCUGUACUUCAUUGACGGGAUGACGUGGCCGGAGGUGCUGCGGGUGUACUGUGAGAGCGACAAGGAGUACCACCACGUUCUUCCCUACCAGGAAGCGGAGGACUAUCCCUACGGACCCGUGGAGAACAAGAUCAAGGUUCUGCAGUUCUUAGUUGAUCAGUUUCUUACCACGAAUAUCGCUCGUGAGGAAUUGAUGUCCGAAGGGGUGAUCCAGUAUGACGACCACUGUCGGGUUUGUCACAAACUCGGGGAUUUGCUUUGCUGUGAGACGUGCUCGGCAGUCUACCAUUUGGAGUGUGUGAAGCCGCCCCUCGAGGAGGUCCCGGAGGAUGAGUGGCAGUGUGAGGUCUGUGUGGCGCAUAAGGUGCCUGGUGUGACUGACUGUGUUGCUGAAAUCCAAAAAAAUAAACCGUAUAUUCGACAUGAACCUAUUGGAUAUGACAGAAGUCGAAGGAAAUACUGGUUCCUAAACCGACGACUCAUUAUAGAAGAAGAUACAGAAAAUGAAAAUGAGAAGAAAAUUUGGUACUACAGCACAAAGGUCCAACUUGCAGAAUUAAUUGAUUGUCUAGAUAAAGAUUACUGGGAAGCAGAACUGUGCAAAAUUCUGGAAGAAAUGCGUGAAGAAAUCCACCGACACAUGGACAUAACUGAAGAUUUGACCAAUAAGGCUCGGGGCAGUAACAAAUCCUUUCUGGCGGCAGCUAAUGAUGAAAUUUUGGAAUCCAUAAGAGCCAAAAAAGGAGACAUUGAUAUUGUUAAAAGCUCAGAAGAAAUAGAAAAGGACAAGAAUGAGACUGAGAGUAACAACUCCAAAGAGGCUGAGAAAAGCAGGGAGGAGUUUGAAGACCAGUCCCUUGAAAAAGCCAGUGACGACAAGGUGCCAGAUGAUGAUCCUGAGCAAGGAAAAUCUGAGGAGCCAACAGAAGUUGGGGAUAAAGGUAACUCUGUGUCAGCAAAUCUUGGCGACAACACAACAAAUGCUUCUCCAGAAGAGACUCGUCCCUCUGAAGGGAGGAGUCCCGUGGGGUGUCUCUCAGAAACCCACGAUAGCAGCAACAUGGCAGAGAAGAAGGUGGCAUCUGAGCUCCCCCAGGAUGUGCCAGAAGAACCUAACAAGACAUGUGACAGCAGUAACACUAGUGCUACCACUACCUCCAUCCAGCCUAAUCUGGAAAACAGUAACAGCAGCAGUGAACUAAAUUCUUCCCAGAGUGAAUCUGCUAAGGCAGCCGAUGAGCCUGAAAAUGGAGAAAGAGAGUCUCACACACCUGUCUCUGUUCAAGAAGAGAUAGGUGAUUUCAAAUCAGAGAAGUCUAAUGGAGAAAUAAGUGAGUCUCCUGGAGCUGGAAGAGGGGCAUCUGGGUCAACUCGAAUUAUCACCAGAUUACGGAAUCCAGACAGCAAACUCAGUCAGCUAAAGAGCCAGCAGGUGGCAGCCGCAGCCCACGAAGCAAAUAAGUUAUUUAAGGAGGGCAAAGAGGUACUGGUAGUUAAUUCUCAAGGAGAAAUUUCACGGCUGAGCACCAAAAAGGAAGUGGUCAUGAAAGGAAAUAUCAACAAUUAUUUUAAGUUGGGUCAAGAAGGGAAGUAUCGAGUCUACCACAAUCAGUACUCCACCAAUUCAUUUGCUUUGAAUAAGCACCAGCACAGAGAAGAUCAUGAUAAGAGAAGGCAUCUUGCACAUAAAUUCUGCCUGACUCCAGCAGGAGAGUUCAAAUGGAAUGGUUCUGUCCAUGGGUCCAAAGUUCUUACCAUAUCUACUCUGAGACUGACUAUAACCCAACUGGAAAACAAUAUUCCUUCAUCCUUUCUUCAUCCAAACUGGGCUUCACACAGGGCGAAUUGGAUCAAAGCAGUUCAGAUGUGCAGCAAACCCAGAGAGUUUGCAUUGGCUUUAGCCAUUUUGGAGUGUGCGGUUAAGCCUGUUGUGAUGCUGCCAAUAUGGCGAGAAUCUUUAGGACACACCAGGUUACACAGGAUGACAUCAAUUGAAAGAGAAGAAAAGGAGAAAGUCAAGAAGAAAGAGAAAAAACAAGAAGAGGAAGAAACGAUGCAACAAGCCACGUGGGUAAAAUAUACAUUUCCAGUUAAACAUCAGGUUUGGAAACAAAAAGGAGAGGAAUACAGAGUUACGGGAUAUGGUGGUUGGAGCUGGAUUAGUAAAACUCAUGUUUAUAGGUUUGUUCCUAAAUUGCCAGGCAAUACUAAUGUGAACUACAGAAAGUCAUUAGAAGGAACCAAAAAUAACAUGGAUGAAAAUAUGGAUGAAUCAGAUAGAAGAAAAAGUCCGCGGAGUCCAAAAAAAAUAAAAACAGAGCCUGAUUCUGAGAAAGAUGAGGUAAAAGAUUCAGAUGCUACAAAAGGAGCAGACCAAAGUGAAAUGGAUGUUUCCAGGAUUACUGAGAAGAAGGACCAAGAUAUAAAAGAAGUUUUAGAUUCUGACAAUGAUAAAUCCUUUAAGGAAGAACCAAUGGAAAUAGAUGAUGUGAAAACAGAGUCAAAUAUAGAUUAUCAGGAAAGUUCUCAAGUAGAUGUGGUCAAUGUCAGUGAGGGUUUUCAUCUAAGGACUAGUUAUAAAAAGAAAAUUAAAUCAUCCAAACUAGAUGGACUUCUUGAAAGGAGAAUUAAACAGUUUACACUGGAAGAAAAACAGCGCCUCGAAAAAAUGAAGCUGGAGGGUGGAAUUAAGGGUAUAGGAAAGACCUCUACAAGUUCUCUGAAAAGUCUUUCUGAGUCACCAGUAAUAACAAAAGCAAAAGAAGGGUGUCCAAGUGACUUGCUUAGACAAGAACAAAGCCCUAAUGCGAGUAAUGUUAAAUCUGAAGAUUUGAUUCGGGGAUGUUCACAGAGCGAUUCCUCAAUUCUUGGAAUCAGUGAUCCUGAUCAUACAACAAACAGACUUUAUCCAAAAGAUCAAAUGUUAGAUGACGUCUCCAUUCAGAGCCCAGAGACAAACUGUCAGAAACAAAAUUCUGUUGGAAAUGACAUAGAUGAAAGUCUCUCUGAACCUUCAAGUAAAGGCCAGGAACCUAGUAAGAUUAAAACCAAAGGAAGUGAUUUUCUCACUGAGGACUCAAAACUAACCAGUACAGAUGAAAUUGGUACUUUGAUCUAUAAACACAAAAAACCACUCAUACAGGAGGAUAAUGACACCAUUGUUUCUCCUUCCCAGAGCCCUUCACUUCCAUCGGUACCUAAAAGUACCGAUGAUAGAGGUAUCCCAUCUCUGUCAAAAGCAGUGGACUUUGAAGGAAAACUGGGAUGUGACUCUGAAUAUAAUAGCACUUUGGAAAAUAGUUCUGAUACUAUGUCUAUUCAAGACAGCAGUGAAGAAGAUAUGAUUAUUCAGAAUAGCAAUGAAAGUAUUUCUGAACAGUUCACAACUCAAGAACAAGGUAUUGAAGGCUUGGAACCAUUUAAAUGUGAGUUUGUUUCAGAUAAGUCUCCUGGGAACUGUGAUAAGAGACCACAGAGUAAGGUAACCGAAGCAAAUGGUAAAAAACCAAGUCAAGAACAGAAAUUAGAGGAGAGAUCAGUUAAUAAAUGUAUUGAUCAAGUCAAUCCAAAAAGUAGCACUGACAAAAAGAAUAAUGAAAAUCGAGAGUCAGAAAGGAAAGGACAGAAAGCAAGUCCCUUUCAAAUAAAUGGAAAAGAUAAUAAAUCUAAAGUAUAUUUAAAAGGGGAAUGCUUGAAAGAAAUCUCUGAGACUAAAGUAGUAAGUGGCGAUGUUGAACCAAAGCUUAAUAAUAUAAAUAAAAUAAUUCCUGAAAAUGAUAUUAAGUCUUUGAGCGUUAAAGACUCUGCUGUAAAGCCAUUCAUGAAUGGUGAUGUCAUCAUGGAGGAUUUUAAUGAAAAAAACAACGUGGAAACAAAACCGUGUUUACUGAGAUCUUCUGAUGCUGGAAGCAACUACCAAGGUGGCCUAGCAACCCUGCCUUCAACCAAAGAGUCUGAGGGUGUACACACUGCCACACCUCCACUGUCUUGUCCAGAAAGCAGUUCAACAAAUCAGGUAGAAGAUAUGGAAAUUGAAACCUCAGAAGUUAAGAAAGUUACUCCCUCACCUGUUACUUCUGGAGAGGAAUCUAACCUCAGUAAUGAUUUUGUUGAUGAAAAUGGUCUGCCCACCAACAAAGAUGAAAAUGUCAAUGGAGAGUCUAAGAGAAAAACAGUCAUCACAGAGGUCACCACCAUGACAUCCACAGUGGCCACAGAAUCAAAAACCGUAAUCAAAGUAGAAAAAGGCGAUAAGCAGACUGUGGUCUCCUCCACAGAAAAUUGUGCCAAAUCCACUGUCACGACCACCACUACAACAGUAACAAAGCUUUCCACACCCUCCACAGGCAGCAGUGUGGACAUCAUCUCUGUGAAGGAGCAGAGCAAAACUGUGGUCACCACAACAGUGACAGACUCCCUGACGACUGCAGGAGGCACUCUGGUAACAUCUAUGACUGUGAGCAAAGAAUAUUCCACAAGGGACAAGGUGAAACUCAUGAAGUUUUCAAGACCCAAGAAGACCCGUUCAGGUACUGCUCUGCCAUCCUAUAGAAAAUUUAUCACCAAGAGCAGCAAGAAGAGCAUAUUUGUUUUGCCCAAUGAUGACCUUAAAAAGUUGGCCAGAAAAGGAGGAAUUCGAGAAGUCCCUUAUUUUAAUUACAAUGCAAAACCUGCCUUGGACAUAUGGCCAUAUCCCUCUCCAAGACCAACCUUUGGUAUCACUUGGAGGUAUAGACUUCAGACUGUGAAGUCCUUAGCUGGAGUGAGCCUUAUGUUACGGUUACUGUGGGCAAGCCUCAGGUGGGAUGACAUGGCGGCCAAGGCUCCUCCCGGAGGAGGGACCACACGGACAGAAACAUCUGAAACUGAAAUCACAACAACAGAGAUAAUUAAGAGGCGAGAUGUUGGUCCUUAUGGCAUUCGAUCUGAAUAUUGUAUCCGGAAAAUCAUUUGCCCCAUUGGAGUUCCAGAAGCACCAAAAGAAACACCUACACCUCAGAGGAAAGGCCUUCGAUCAAGUGCACUGCGGCCAAAGAGACCAGAAACGCCCAAGCAAACUGGCCCUGUUAUUAUCGAAACUUGGGUAGCAGAGGAAGAGUUGGAAUUAUGGGAGAUCAGGGCGUUUGCUGAAAGAGUGGAGAAAGAGAAGGCACAAGCAGUCGAACAACAGGCUAAGGUUAGUGAACAGAAGAAGGCAGAGGACUUCAAGGCCCAAAUGGAGGCUCACCUCUCACAGCAGCGCUUGGCUGCCCGGCAGAAACGAUUGGAACAGCAGAAACCCACAGUAAUUGCAGCUUCCACCACUUCCCCAGCAAACAGCACGACUAGUACCAUCUCUCCGGCGCAGAAAGUUAUGGUGGCCCCCAUAAGUGGCUCAGUGACAACCGGAACAAAAAUGGUACUAACUACUAAAGUUGGGUCUCCAGCUACAGUGACAUUCCAGCAAAACAAGAACUUCCAUCAGACCUUCGCUACGUGGGUUAAGCAAGGCCAGUCAAACUCAGCCACCAGCACAGCUGCCACAUCUGCUCCAACCAUUGCCAGCACAGGUCAGACGUUCCAAAUUACAGGCAAUCCAGUCACUAUGGCAGGAAAAGUAAUUACCAAACUGCCACUUCCUGCAAACAGCAAGAUUGUCGCUGUAAAUGUGCCAGCAACACAAGGAGGCGUUGUUCAAGUACAGCAGAAAGUCCUGGGUAUCAUUCCAUCAAGUACAGGUACAAGUCAGCAGACCUUUACUUCAUUCCAGCCCAGGACAGCAACAGUCACAAUUAGGCCCAAUACCUCAGGCUCUGGAGCAACCACAAGCACUUCACAAGUAAUCACAGGGCCUCAGAUCCGCCCUGGUAUGACGGUGAUUAGAACACCACUCCAACAGUCAACACUAGGAAAGGCAAUUAUUCGAACACCUGUGAUGGUACAGCCAGGCGCCCCCCAGCAAGUGGUGACCCAGAUCAUUAGAGGGCAGCCCGUUUCCACCGCAAUCUCUACUGCUAGUACAGUUUCCUCAGCACCCGGGCAGAAAGGAAUAACUUCGGGAGCACCCAGUGGAAAUCUGCAGUCUUCACCCUCCCCGGCCCCUCGCCCCCAGCAGGGACAGGUGAAGCUCACCAUGGCUCAACUCACUCAGUUAACACAGGGCCACGGUGGCAAUCAAGGUUUGACAGUAGUAAUUCAAGGACAAGGUCAAACGACUGGACAGUUGCAGUUGAUACCUCAAGGGGUGACUAUACUUCCGGGUCCAGGACAGCAGCUCAUGCAAGCCGCCAUGCCUAAUGGUACCGUGCAGCGGUUCCUCUUCACGCCUUUGGCAACAACAGCCACGGCAGCCAGCAGCACCACCACCACCGUUUCCACUACGGCAGCAGGUACAAGUGAACAAAGACAGAGUAAAUUAUCACCCCCGACACAGGUGCCACAAGCCAAAACCUUGCCACCAGCUCAGUCAUCAAGUGUGAGUCCUCCAGAAGCCCAGCCACAGACUGCUCAGCCCCAGCCCCCAACCCAGCCCCCAUCCCCAGCUCAGCCUGAAGUGCAGGCUCAGCCUGAAGUGCAGACCCAAACAACUGUCGCAUCCCAUGUCCCUUCUGAAGCACAGCCCGCCCAAGCACAGUCCUCCAAACCCCAAGUCGCAGUACAGUGUCAGCCUCAAAGUAAUGUCCAAGGACAGUCUCCUGCUCGCGUCCAAAGUCCACCACAGACUCGAAUACGUCCAUCAACUCCAUCCCAAGUGUCUCCUGGACAGCAAUCCCAGGUUCAGACUACAACCUCACAACCGAUUCCAAUUCAGCCACAUACAUCUCUUCAGACACCUUCCCAGGGCCAGCCACAAUCACAACCCCAGGUACAGUCUCCAACUCAAACUCUUUCAUCAGGACAGACGUUAAGUCAAGUUACUGUUUCAUCCCCAUCCUGUCCUCAGCUACAAAUACAGCAGCCGCAGCCCCAAGUCAUUGCUGUGCCUCAGCUGCAACAACAAGUCCAGGUUCUCUCUCAGAUCCAGUCACAGGUUGUGGCUCAGAUACAGGCUCAGCAAGGUGGUGUGCCCCAGCAAAUCAAACUCCAGUUACCUAUUCAAAUUCAGCAAAGCAGCCCUGUGCAGACUCACCAGAUUCAGAAUGUGGUUACAGUGCAGGCAGCCAGUGUGCAAGAGCAGUUGCAAAGGGUUCAGCAACUCAGGGAUCAGCAGCAAAAGAAGAAGCAGCAACAGAUAGAAAUUAAGCGGGAACACACUCUCCAAGCUUCUAAUCAAAGUGAAAUCAUUCAGAAACAGGUGGUGAUGAAGCAUAAUGCUGUAAUAGAACAUUUAAAGCAGAAAAAGACCAUGACUCCAGCUGAAAGAGAAGAGAAUCAAAGAAUGAUUGUCUGUAACCAGGUGAUGAAGUAUAUUUUGGAUAAGAUAGACAAAGAAGAAAAACAGGCAGCAAAAAAACGGAAGCGUGAGGAGAGUGUGGAACAGAAACGUAGCAAGCAGAAUGCCACCAAGCUCUCCGCACUGCUCUUCAAACACAAAGAACAACUGAAAGCGGAAAUACUGAAAAAGAGAGCGCUCCUGGACAAAGACCUACAAAUUCAAGUGCAGGAAGAGCUCAAAAGAGACCUGAGAAUUAAGAAGGAAAAAGACAUGGUGCAGGCCACAGCGGUAGCGGCCACUUCCCCUGCAGCGCCGCCUGCACCGCCGGCCCCUCCGCCUUCACCCCCGCCUCCGCCUCCCCCACAGCACACGGGCCCCCUGGCCACGGCCACGGCCACGGCCACGCUGCCUGCAGCUUCCCAGAAGAGGAAGCGAGAAGAGGAAAGAGACUCGAGCUCCAAGUCCAAGAAGAAGAAAAUGAUCUCUACUACCUCAAAGGAAACUAAGAAGGACACAAAGCUUUACUGUAUCUGUAAAACGCCUUACGAUGAAUCUAAGUUCUAUAUUGGCUGUGAUCUUUGUACUAACUGGUAUCAUGGAGAAUGUGUUGGCAUCACAGAAAAGGAGGCUAAGAAAAUGGAUGUGUACAUCUGUAAUGAUUGUAAACGGGCACAAGAGGGCAGCAGUGAGGAAUUGUACUGUAUCUGCAGAACACCUUAUGAUGAGUCACAAUUUUAUAUUGGCUGUGAUCGGUGUCAGAAUUGGUACCAUGGGCGCUGCGUUGGCAUCUUGCAGAGUGAGGCAGAACUCAUUGACGAGUAUGUCUGUCCACAGUGCCAGUCCACGGAGGACGCCAUGACAGUGCUCACGCCGCUGACAGAGAAAGAUUACGAGGGUUUGAAAAGGGUGCUGCGUUCUUUACAGGCCCAUAAGAUGGCCUGGCCUUUCCUUGAACCAGUGGACCCUAAUGAUGCACCAGAUUAUUACGGUGUGAUUAAGGAGCCUAUGGACCUUGCCACCAUGGAGGAAAGAGUGCAAAGACGGUAUUAUGAAAAGCUGACAGAAUUUGUGGCAGAUAUGACCAAAAUUUUUGAUAACUGUCGUUACUACAAUCCGAGUGACUCGCCUUUUUACCAGUGUGCAGAAGUUCUUGAAUCAUUCUUUGUACAGAAAUUGAAAGGAUUCAAGGCUAGCAGGUCUCAUAACAACAAACUGCAGUCUACAGCUUCUUAAAGUUCAGCGUGUUAACCUAACAUAAAACACAGCAAGAGUCUGGUUGUCUGAACUAUUUUAAAUUAAGGAGCCAGAUGUUUUUAGUCAGGUUAUCCUGACAAGACUUGACCUAAACUUCGUUUUUAUUGGUCAUAACAGUCCAAUUAUAUUCUUGGCCAAUUUUGUCCAACGGACAAGGGAAAAGCAAAGUCAACGACACCAUUAUCUUGUCAAGAUCAAAUGGUUUUACUAUUGUGGCAGAAGCGGGAAAACUUUGUUUAUUGAAAAAAAAAAAGAAAAAAGAAAGCAAGAAAAAAAGAUAAUAUGGGGUCAAGUGUAACUCCAUGGAAAUGCCACGUCUGCUCUUCAGUGAAGAAGCUGGUUUAGAGUCUCACAGAAAACUUUUGACUGUAUUUAUUUAUUGUUGCAAAAAAGACGCUUUUUUAUUGCUGCCCUCAUUUGUCAGCUAAUUAUUUUUUCUUAUAAAAUCCAGCCCUGGUUACAUGUAAUCCAUUCUGUAUCUUAUCAUGAUUCCUGUAGGUAAAAGUACAAGACGACCUCUAGAUGUCUUUUCUUUCUAUGAAAGGAGCUGCUAUGUACACAUAUGCACACAUACACACACACACAACUGGGAAUCAACAAUGAGUUUAUUGUUCAUGGUAGAUAAAAACUAAGCUUGCAUAAAAAGGCUGGGCUAAGUGGUCCUGGACUACAGACUCUGUUGCCUUGAAUAUAACAGUACAAGUUGUCAUUUACUCUGCACCAGGCGAAACUGAGUAAAAUCUAUUUGAAGGUAUCUUGUUUGUAAACAUUUGUCAGAUUCUAAUUUUUUUUUCUUUUUGUAUUAAAAUUCAACUAUGGAUGUAUAUGAAACAAAAUAAAUGGAGAUCAUUUUUCUCCCACAGACGGUG